UACGGGAGGAGUAAAAUUAAAAACCAUUAGCAGGAAAGUUGUCGCGGAUUAAAGCGUCUCGUUUCAAGUAUUCAUGACUAUUAUAUAGUAUAACAUUUUAUUUGUUAUUAACGCUCAGUUGAUAGUAUAAUGUCAGAGUUAAAACCCUGUAAAGUGUGUAACUUCACCAGACACAAUUAUUAUGGACUGGUGGUGCCUUCACUGGCUCAAUUUAAGGCUAAAGGUAGUGAAGCUUUGGGUUUGAAGGCCGGUACAUCUGUAACACUGGUGCUUGAUAAUGAUGGGACUAUUGUGGAGGAUGUGGCCUACUUCAUGUGUUUACCACCAAAUACCAAAUUCAUGUUAUUACAAGAUAAAGAGAAGUGGACCCCUGCAAAGCGAUAUGAUGGAGGGACAGCAUGGCUCAGACAGUCUAUUGAUGUGGAGACAGAUGCAGUGGAUAGUGGUGCACAAGCCUGGCACAGUUUAGCUAACCAACUGAGUCAGGACUUAGGCAGCAUCAUUCUCAUGUCAGAGGCAGAGCUACAGAGUCUGGUGGACGUACCUUGUGCAGAACUGGCCUCAGCACUGGGCUUCCCAGAGCAGAAAACUCAGGAUCUACAGAGCACUGUACAGAGAGUUCUGGAUCAGAGAGAAGAGGAGAGGCAAUCAAAAGAGCUGCUGCAGCUUUAUCUGCGAGUAGUGGAGAGGGAAAACAGCCAGGCUUUACAACACGGUGGAUCUCAGGACGAGACAGACUCUGCAGUUGGGUUUAACUCUAAGACACUACUGGUUCUAAAAAACAAAUCAAGUCCAGAGAUGAGACUCUCUAAUGAGGAACUGCAGAUGGUGCUGAAGCAAGGAGUGCAGACCAUGAUGGGCGAGCUGGGCUGGGACCAGGAGAGGACCACUGUGUUACUUCAGGCCUGUGAGGGAGAGCUGAAUAAACGUCUGCAGCAGGUCCAAGCCAUGCGGUCACUCAGUGUAAACUCUCAGCACAGCAACUCCACGUCCACGGCAAAGCUACAGAAACUGGAGACGCCAGACAAACAAAACAAACAUAAAAAAUAGCUGGAACAGGGUUUAGAUCUGCACGUGUUGAUUUUUCUACUCAAAAUGGUUUGGGUUGAUGUUGAGUAUUUUUCUAGAUUACUAGUAUCAAUGCACAUAUUGGUAUGGUUGCAAAAAUUAGCCAUAGAUUUAAUGUUACUGAUUUUUUGUCAGUUUGUAUUUCUGACAACUGCAGGAAGCUGAGCAGUAGGUCAUCACUAACAACUUUAAGGUGGUCUUACAAUAAAAAUAUAAACAACAUAAAAUACUUUUCUCUUUUAACUGUUGUAAAUAUAAUUGACUGAAAUUUAGACUGAAUUUUAGAACUCCUUUUUUCCAUUUUCACAUAAUCAAUAAAGAGUGAUUUGUUGAAAGAUA